UUGGUGGCUACUGCGGCGCACUAUUCUGUCACACAUCUUUACUACCCACCAUAAAACGUUACUCUAUUGAUCGGCUGAAGAUUCCAAGCCUCACAGAAAGGAGCACCAUUUGCAUGCUCAGUGGCUUCACUAUUUUGCACUUGUGCGGAUUUGGGCUCACAGCCUGAAGCUGGAUGCAGAAUGUCAGAAACUAGGCAUCAAUGGUGCCAGGACCAUCGGUUUCUUAUUAGUCCUUCAAAAUCCAACCUCGACCGCAACCCAAUUCCAAGCUUUUCUCUCGCAUCACCAGCCAUCGCCGCCGGCGCGUUCAUCCAAUAUGGAUCCCCAAAAUCCCUUAGUCAACAUCACACUAUGGAUGUUUGACCCAUGGAUAAACUGUACCGCAGCUGGUGCUUUCGCUGCCCACUUCCGACGCUUUCAGAGCGAUGAAGACGGCCUUCCAGUGAGAACACUUCGAGAGUUCAUUCUUUGUUGCAGCAACACACAAAUACGCUAUCUCACAGACGGGAACGUUGUUGACUGGUAUAACCACGUUAAUACUAUGGAGUCUGAUGGAUUUGAACCCCUCGUGGUCAACGCGACUAUUGCGUGUUCGCAUGGGUUUUGCCAAAACUUAGUCUUCGAAGGUAACGCAGACCUUGCUGGCAUUGGCGUCUACUCAACUUAUGUCCUUCAAGCCAUUCUGGCCACGCUCUUUGUCUGCAUCUAUGGAUUCCAGGACUUGAAUGCUACACUGACGAAGCGGCGGAAAGCCUCAGUCACCGAACAAAACCUGGCCAUGCCGCCCGCCUAUCAACACUCCCUGGACUCAUCGCUAAAGAUACUAUGGACUUCAUUCAUCUACUUCGGGUCCGCCAUCAACGUAGCAGCUCUUAUUUAUGCUCUGAUAGCAAAGGACGGUGCCGGACUCACUUAUACAAGCUUCAUUUCAUGCUCUGCAAUAGGGCUUUGCACCCAGGCAAUUUUGAGCGUCACCAUGUACCGCACGCAGCUCUCCUUUUCCGAUCUCUGGUAUCUUGGGGUUUGUCUACUAUUUGCAGUCAUCACACCGCCGGUUUUCGUGGAGCGCUGGUACGUAUCGUGGUUUGACUCCGAACAAAGCUGUAUUUAUGACAGAGGGCUCCUAUUUGAAGCGUGGAUGUGCCAAGUAGUCUCCUGUAUAUGGAUGAUGCUAUGGGCUCUGGCGAGGUGGCGAGGCUGGACUAAGUUAAAUCCUAUGUCCAAAGCGCAUGGGUUUAACCUGAUCCGGUUUUCCUCACUGAUGUUCAGAACGAUUCAUGCAGCAUUGAACCUGGUCACCAUGUGGCUCUUCUUAUACACAUUCAUUGCCACGCGACGGGGGGUCAAUGAAUUAGCCGGCGGAUCAUUAUCCGACAACGAGUGGGGGUUUGGUCAGAUCACUGCCGUCCUGGCAUGGAUACCAAUGCUCGUUGAGUUUGCUCGGGUCUGGGGGUUGAAAGGCAAACUCGUCGUCCCCAUCACAUCAUUCACGACUCGUCUACUACGCACUACGUGCUCCAAGCUCUUCUCCCGGAAAACAACGCCAAAUCAGAAGCAAGACGUGGAGAGCAUCGAGUUGACGUCAGAUAAUGAAGCGGAAAACGCAAAUAGUGGGGCUGUAACGGAAUAUCGCCGACUUCCAAAUACCAAUCGGUGAUGGAGAGCAAACAGCACACAAUGGGCGGCAAAGGGAGGCAGGAAGGGAACAAGGUGGAAGGAGGACAUGCGAGUUGAACUUCACAUACAUAAGUGCGACAGUACAAAUCAAUUCAACAGUUUUAUCACGAUCGCCCAUCACAGUUUCUGUC